CCCUCCAUCCUCGUGAUUCACGUCUGUUCCUAGGCUGGACUUUUGUCCGUCUUGGCCGGGGCCUGGUUGGGGAUGUUGGGAGAACCAGGCCAGGCCUGGCGGGCGCCGUGGGGUGACUGAGGUCCCGUGCUACUUCGUGGACUGUAACUUCCCACCCCGCUAUCCCCCCAGGGGAAUGGGGCAUCGCAAGCACCUCCUCUCUUAGUGGGUGUUACCAGGAACCACACACACCCAUCAUUGUGUGACCGGUGGAGGAGGUAACAGUCCCCCUCCUACAGGUGGAGAGAGAGUCAGCGAAGAAGGCACAGCCAGCUUAGCCAGCACGGCCAGCAGGCGCCGUUUAAACUGUGAGGACAGAUUGCAGAACGUACCCUUGGUGACAGCAGAGUGACACACCGGUUCUGUCAUUGUUGGAUCCUGAGACAAAAGGGAAAAUGGCUUCCCAUGACCAAAAGGCCGUCACUCGCAGAGCCAAAGUGGCUCCCACCAAGAGGAUGAGCAGGUUCCUGAAGCACUUCACAGUGGUUGGGGAUGACUACCACACAUGGAACAUCAACUACAAGAAGUGGGAGAAUGAAGAGGACGAGGAGGAACCAGCCCCCACAUCGGCCCAAGGCGAAGGCAGUGCCGUGGGUGCAGAUGCUGAGGCUGGCCCUGUCCCCACACCCAAGCCGACCCUGGACUUUAGGAACAGGCUGAGGAAACUCUUCAGCUUGCACAGGUUUCAGGUUGUCAUCAUCUGCCUAGUGAUCCUGGAUGCCCUCCUGGUACUUGCUGAGCUCCUUCUGGAUCUCAAGAUCAUUGAGCUAGAUGAGAAACACUACGCAGUCAAGGUGUUCCACUACAUGAGCUUUGCCAUCCUGGCCUUCUUCAUGCUGGAGAUUUUCUUUAAAAUCUUUGUCUUCCGCUUGGAGUUCUUCCACCAUAAGUUUGAGAUCCUGGAUGCCAUUGUGGUGGUGGUGUCGUUCGUCCUCGACCUUGUCCUCCUGUUUAAGAAGCACCAGUUUGAAGCUCUUGGCCUGCUGAUCCUGCUGCGGCUCUGGCGGGUGGCCCGGAUCAUCAAUGGCAUCGUCAUCUCAGUGAAGACACGCUCAGAACGGCAGAUCUUAAGGUUAAAGCAGAUAAACAUUCAACUGGCCACCAAGAUCCAGCACCUGGAAUUCAGCUGCUCUGAGAAGGAACAAGAAAUUGAGAGACUCAACAAGCUGUUGCGACAGAAUGGACUGCUUGGGGAUGGGAACUAGCCUUCCAGAAGCUCUAUCCUAGAGAAGCUGGGUGGUGGCCAGAGAGCAACUGUGUGCUGCCAAGUCCAGUCCUCAUCUUUGCCUUGGCUUGCGCUUCCUGGAUGCUGGGGACACAUCUUUGUCAGCUCUGCUGCCUCUUCGGUGUGACCUAGAGCCACCUGUCCACGCCCUCCUCCUGCAGCAAAGGAAUCAUAACCACCUUUUCUUAGCCGGACUCUGCUGUUG